AUGUCAAGUGACGAAUCGACAUCAACUCAAUUCUCAACCACAUCUAAUCAAGCUGGUCAGGUUAGCCGCAAACCAAAGGCUCCCCCACCCGAACAAUGGGAAAUAAAUUUAAUCGGCAACUUUUUGUUAAUGCUUUAUCAUCGUUUGGAAAUAACACCGCAAAAUGAUUGGCUAUACAAGAAAUCCGAUAUGAAACAGGAAUUUCGACAAUUUGUCACACCGGACCUAUUGAAACGUCUGCACGCAGCGAGCGGUACCGAUAAUAUUGGUACAUUACUUCAACGAUGUAAAUUUCUCAUCAACACAGAGAGAAAAAGUCCAUUUUAUAAAAUCAAAAAGGAUACCUUAUUUAAUUUUCGCAACAGAAAAGUGUUCGAACAAGAUAAACGACGUAUUAACGACGAUGAAGAUUUACAGGCAAAUACUGGACCCGAUGAUAUACUAAAUAAUUUACUUGCAAAUCAAAACUUGUCAUCUAUGCAAGUAACCAAUGAAGUUGAUGAGACUUCGUCCGUACAUGAACUACAAUAUGAGGGUACGCUACUCCAAGAACGUCGUAAAAAUUAUUUUCCCAACAAUAUGAGUUGUAUUAUCUGUCAGGAAGAUUUUUCCACAAUGACCGACUAUGAGAGGCACAUACAGAUACAUAAUGAUGAAAGCGAUUUUGAAUAUGUGAAAGAGAUGUCACGUUUCGAUUCACCAAUAUUUAAAGUCAACUAUCAAUUGUGCAAAAAUUCCCAUUAUUUUUGUUUUAAUCUUCAAACAACUUCCGAAGAUUUAAUAAUUGAACGUAUAAUAAUCGUCCAGUCACGUUCAAUGUUUUAUGUACACAAUAUGCGUGUACCCUAUGCUAUGCCCGAAAAUAAAUGUGAACAAUUUUAUGUUGAUUCACAUUUAUUUACAAUGUUUGUUGAACAGCCGAUUGUUGUAAUAGCCCAUUUGGAAAAUGAUAAAAAUAAUCGUAUUAUCGAGGAGCAUCACUUUAUGCUUGUUUCGGAAUUGCCCAGAGUUAAUUUUGCAAUUAAACCAUUUCAAUUGCCAUCAAAUAAAACAUUUCGACCUUUAUUUCAAGUACCCGAUUACUUUCCAACAUUGGAAAUUCGCGAUGCCAUAAAAGAUGAUUUUAUUUAUGAGAAACUAAUGCAAACAUCCAGUGAAUUUCGUGAAUAUGUAAGAAAUGAAAAAAUCUUACAGCCUCAAACAAUUGGCACAACAUUAACGACCCUAUUGCAAAUUGAGGAUAUGGAUACGUUAAAGGAAUAUUUAAGUUUGAUGCAACAGAAUGUUACACUACGUGGUUUUGAUUAUAAUUACAACAUGAAGUUACGCACCAACAGACGUAUACACAUUGAAAAUCUAUUAUCGGUUUUUGACGAUGUCAUCAUUACUGCCCGGAAUGUUCAACCCGAUUCAGAUAUUUUAUUAAAAUUGAUAUUACAAAAUAAGGAAGACAUAAACCCGUGUGACACAUAUCUCGGUACUAUUGAAGAUGUCAGCUCGGGACGUGUCAAUUUUCGUUGCUAUAAAAGAUUAGAUUUAAAACGUAAAUACACGGUGAUAUUUCGUCCGUCGCGUACCUUGUUACGUUAUCAGUAUCGUGCAAUGGAAUUACUAAAUGUAAUUAUACCACAUCUGACAAGAUUUCUAUUUCCUACAAAACUUUUGAUAAGAGAACCAUCAACUAUAAGUUUGAAACUUUUCAAUAAAUCAAUUGCCAAUAAUCCCGAACAACUACAAGCCGUUCGUAAUAUUGCCGAAGGACCACGAAAUGAUGCAACAUAUAUUAUUUUUGGACCACCCGGUACUGGCAAAACCACCACCUUGGUUGAAGCCAUUCUACAGGUCUUAAAACGAAAAGAUACGAAAAUUUUGGUAACAGCCUCAUCGAAUAGCGCCUGUGAUGAGGUAGCCUUACGUUUAUGUCGUACCUUACCCCAAUUGGAGGAUAUGCCACGUACCAUUGUUCGUAUAUACGCCCAAACUUCAGAGGCACGAUUGGAAAAUUUCGAUGAUUUAUUGCUCGAACAUUCGAAUAUGUAUAAUAAUGUACAUUUUUAUCCAGAUAUUGAUGUGUUGCAUGAAUAUCGUAUUGUCGUGUGUACCAUGUCCGUUGUGGCCAAAUUGGCAACGGGGAAAUUUGGCCGUAAGGAAAAUGGUGCCGGUACACAAUAUACACAUUUGUUUAUUGAUGAGGUUGCUGCUGCAACCGAAGUUGAGGCUCUAAUACCCAUCACAUCGGUUGUAACGCCCAAGUCGUGCUUAAUUAUUGCUGGCGAUCACAAACAAUUGGGACCCAUUGUCAAGUCAAAACUUGCCGAGCAAUUUAAUUUGGGCGUAUCCCUAAUGGAUCGACUUUUGAAACGGGAAUGUUAUAGUGUUAACACCGAUACCGGUGAUUAUGAUCGUUCAAUACAGUCACGUUUGCGCAUGAAUUUUCGUUCACACCCAGCCAUUGUCAAUCUUUAUAGUGGAAUGUAUUAUAAUCAUGCACUGGAGCCAAUGGCAGAUAUGGGUAAUAGAUUUUUAACAAUUAACACCUUAAAGAGAGAGAGAAUUAACCCCUAA